GCGUGCAAGCCAAUCACGAGCGAGCAGAUUUCCAUACGCAAACCUUGCGGUCAUCCUCUCUGGGUCCGAAAAUAACUCGGUUUUGUGAAUCUACAGAGUGCGGACGCGAGACGAUUUCGAGUCGAGACGUCGCCAGCAUCGGACACUCGCGCCUGGACACGUCGGAGGGCCAAUUUUCCGAGUGGGUCACCGCAAAAGCCGCCGGAGCGUUUGGUGCUCAGUUGGACACCGCUCGGAUGCUGAAUCUUAUUCAAAGUGAUGGAUAAUGAAUAUGCAGAGAGUGAUCUAGCCAUAAGUGAUGUCAGACUGGCUUUUUUAAUUGCAUGAUGCAUCUGUGAAUCUGGAGUUGGAUGUAAAAAUACUAAAUCUCUCCUGCAAGUUGAAAUUUUUGUUGAAGUUCUGCAGGGCGCAGACCCGAAUUUCAUAGAGUCCUCGAGUCAGAGUCAGAAGGUCAUGGACAGCCCCAGAGUGGAGAUUAUUGAGCAGCCUGCGCCGAAGGCUCUUCGGUUCAGAUACGAGUGCGAGGGCAGGUCUGCAGGAAGCAUUCCUGGAGAGAACACGACCAACGAAAACAAAACUUUCCCGACAAUCAAAGUUCUCAACUACUCCGGACCAUGCAUGGUGGUCGUGUCGUGCGUGACCAAGGAUGAACCUUUCCUGGCUCACCCGCACAACCUAGUUGGUAAAGACUGCAAACAAGGUGUCUGCACGACGCACGUCGACACCGAAACCAUGACUUGUCAAUUCCCUAAUCUUGGCAUUCAAUGCGUCAAGAAGAAAGAGGUGGAGAGGUCCUUAGAAGUUAGACAAAAGAUCAGGGUGGAUCCUUUCAGGAGAGGUUUCGCCCACGGAAGCCAGCCAUCCAACAUUGAUCUGAACGCCGUCAGGCUUUGUUUUCAAGUUUUCACAGAGGGUGAUAAGCCAAACACGUUCACCAAAGGCUUGCCUCCGGUAGCGUCAAAUAUAAUUUAUGACAAGAAAGCAAAUACUGAUUUGCAAAUCACAAGACUAAGUGACGUGUCAUGCAGUGUAGCAGGGGGAAAGGAAAUCAUCCUUCUGUGUGAAAAGGUUGCCAAAGAUGAUAUUGAUAUCCAUUUUACUGAGGAAAAAGAUGGGCAAAUAGUGUGGCACGGGAAAGGAGAAUUCCAGCCGUCUGAUGUUCACCGCCAAUACGCAAUACCCUUCAGGACGCCAGCUUACCACAACCUGCAGGUACAACACGAAGUUAAACUGAAGAUCCAACUCGUCCGACCGUCUGAUGGUGCUAACAGUGAAAAGCGUGACUUCACCUACUUGCCCCUGGACUCAGGUAGGCCUUUCUGGGCUUUGAAAAAGCUGAAAGCCGACUAUGAUACUUUCUCGAAAAUUCUCGCAACGAACACCGCGCUAAUGACCUCGCCGCGUUCCCCCAUUUCCGUAACGAACGGCAUCAGUGGCCCCAGUUCAGAGGUGCCCGUGCAGGAGGUGCCGCAGGAGGUGAAAAUUGAGCCCGUGGAGGAAAAGCCGCCCACUUUUGAAUAUACCACCGACAACAGCUGGGACAAGAGCGAGCAGACCAUCCUCGAGUCGUACUCCGGGGACCUGGUGCAGGACGAAAACUGCAAGUCGCUCAAUGAUCUGCUCAGCACCGUCGCCGAACUGGAAGAAAUGUACUCGGAGCCGCCGGCCGACCCUGAGCUGACCGAGUGCCUGAAGCAGUCUGCAGACUCGGUGCCCGCCAAUAUGCCGAUGGACGUAGACGACAGCUAUGAAAGCGGCCACUACACCAGCAUGCAGCUGGCCAUGAAGAACCCCAUUCUUAUCGACAUCGACUUCGAAGACCCGCAGAUUCUUCCAGCUCAAUCCGAAUUCAUCCUGGCGCCGAUGAACGAUGCUUUCGUCCAUCAGGAACAGUCCUGUGCCAAUAACAAGAGGGAGAGCACCACCGACAAAGUGCCUCCGUUGCCGCCCAAGCGCUUCCGCAAGGGCAAAGACGAUGAUUCGAGCUCGAUCAUCACCAUCGACGAGCCGGCACCCGAGCUGCCUCCACGGGCCAAUCCGCCUCCUCCGUCUCCCUGCAACAACAAAGAAAAACAAAAGUCCAAGAACUUUUUCCAAAAGCUGUUUUCGCGCAAAGGUGGCAGAAAGAACAACAAGCCGCCUGGCUUGCCCAAGUCGGGCUCUGUCCCGUGCAAUUUGUCCGAGGUAAACCAGAAUUCUAUUGGAACGCCUCCGAGUCCUGUCGUCGACUUGACAGAGGCCGAACACUACGCACUGUACACAGACUUGGCUCCGAGAGCCAACUGCUCAGAAUUUGACGAGACCUCUUUUUACUACAGCCCGGUCGAGGGUAUCGCGGAAAAGCCACUGCCUCCCGAGCCGCAAAAGAGCGAAAAGAGGAGCAGUGUUUCCAAGAUAUCGGGCAGCAUUAAGGAUAUGUUUUCGUAA